AUGCGUAAUUCACUUAUAUUGUAUGUAGCGAGUUGGUUUUACCCACUUAUCAUUACAUCCAGAGUAGUCACUGCUCAAGCUAACGAACCAUGGGAUUUAAAUGCUCCUUGUCGUCCAUAUAUUGAGGAAUUUUCCAAAAGCGGUUCACGGAUGAUUGCUUGUGCUAUUAUGUAUUCUUCACCACCAAAAGUUUGCACGUAUUGCACUGAAGAAUAUGUUGCGUUGAAACACUUAGAAUAUAAUUUGCUGAAAUUGGUUAAUAAAUAUGUAUUUUCACGUGACAAUACGACCUGUAGUCGUGUCAUAUACGAUAGUUAUGUAAUCUCUUACAUUUCUGAGCUGUCAAAAACAAUAACACAUAAAAUAUGGGAAAGCUCGCAUUGUUCGUCCUGUGUGAAUAUUAAUUGGCAUUUUGAAACGAACAGUACUAAUUACAGUUACAGUAAUAAUACCAUUGAUUUCCAAAACAAACUAUUUGUCUGGAGGCAUUGUGUUUCAAACUAUUCAUCAUUCGUUGAAUCUAGCUAUGCGAUCAUUUGCAACAAAUGUCUGGAUUCAUUCAAUGAAUUAUUCCAGUUUUAUUGGGAUGUUUACACCGCACCUCAUGCUAAAUUCUGUUUAGAUGUCGAGACUACAAUGAAUGAUACCAUGAAUUUAUGGCAUAAUGUUUGGAGCUGUGGAGAUGAAGGAAGCAAAGAUUUGCAGGACUGGACAGUAUUUGGAUAUAGCUUGACUUUAUUAAUAAUCAUAACUGUAUUUUUCUAUACUGGGAGUUAUGUACAGAGUGAAGAAACGAAAAGACGUCUUAUACAUUAUUCAGAGUUGGAAGCACCUCGUGGUUUACGAUCAUAUCUUUUGAGCUCAUCAGUUUUGAAUGCGAUUUCAUCAAAAAUGCACAUUUGGCAAUAUUUUAUUAUGACUUUUGAUUAA